AUGCUCCCUCGGCCAGUCACUCAGGCGCUUGCCUUGUCUCUCUUUGUUCUCUUGCUGAACACGGGAUACGUGGCUUCACGUAAUCUGACUCCAGCGGCGGCCUUGUCAGGCUAUGUCACCCGCCAGCAGGGAAUUAUUGCCGAUACUCCGGCGCCAAUGGGCACUUUGCUAGAUGCAGAGGGCGGCCAACAACAGAAGCCGCUCGACUGUUUUCAAGUCGCCCAGCCAGUGUUGGGUCCCAAAGGCCCCGUGUACCAGGCGUUGACGGGCAGCUUUGAUGAUGGCAAGGGUAAAUCUCCGACGACAGACCCCAAAGACUGCAAGGUGCAGUUGAUGGACCACUCUUUUGGUAACAGCUUCGACAAACCCUUUGUCGGCGACUACAAGCCUCCUGGCUGCGACUUCAACCGCGUCAUUGUAAACUUUACUGCCACCUCUGCAG